GUCUCCGGAGGAAAUCUUGUGCUCCUAAAAAAGUGGGAAAUUCUUCACGUUUUUACCUUUUCCGUGCGCUAGAAGAACAAGGCAGUUUGCGAUUUUGUCGUGUUUCUUCCGGGCAGGAUUAGAUUUUCCGACUUUCGUGGAUUUCUCGGAUUUUCCUUGGAUUUCCUUGGAUUCCCUUGGAUUAUUCUCAUAUUCGUGUUCAUAGUGGCGGCAAAACAGCGGCUCUCUGUUUAGUUAAUCUUCGGAUUAAAAAUCACUUGCUGAUCCAUCGUAAAAAGUGAUGCUUUUAGCUCGAUUGUAAUCCAACGUAGUCCCCAAUAUCAAAGCGAUGGCUCUCCUCGGAGCGCAAUUAGUCAUUACGCUGAUUAUGGUCAGUGUAAUUCAAAAACUGAGUCCGCACUUCUCACUAGCCAGGUGGAUAUUAUGCUCCACCGGCCUCACACGUUACCUGCACCCGACGGAUGACGAGCUGAAGAAACUGUCCGGAGUUCCGCGGGAGAAGAGUAAAGGAAAAAAAGAUAAAAGAAAUGGCCAUCAGCAUCAGUUGCACGGAGAUAAGGCAUCUUCAUUUCACAUUCCUCGUAGCCUCGACAUUCAACUCGAGACGACGCCGAUUUCUCCUUACGAUGUCGUGCAUUUACGCUUUUAUACCGAAUACCAAUGGUUGGUGGAUUUUAGUCUGUAUGCCGCCAUAGUGUACGCUACGUCGGAGGUGUACCACUGCUUCUUUCCCUUAAAAGAGGAAAUUAAUCUUAGUAUGCUGUGGUGCCUUCUCGUUGUGUUUUUUGCAUUUAAACUGCUCGCCUCUCUAACAGUGCAAUAUUUUCAAAGCGAUGAGUCAAUCGGAGAGCGUUCCACUUGUAUCGUGACGGGUUUAGCAUAUCUGCUGAUUGCUAUGAUUAUUUUGAUUGUACCGGAGCAUACGCUUGAGGUUGGGCUGGAUAAAGCGUAUCACAGCUUUAACGAAAGUGCAUCUAGCUUUUUGGAGGGCCAGGGCCUCAAUUCCUCCGGACCAGCAUCCAAAAUUGUGGUCAAAUUUUUCAUUGCCGUUAGCUGCGGUAUUUUAGGUGCGCUAUUCACUUUUCCCGGAUUGCGAAUGGCUAGGAUGCACUGGGAUUCUUUGAAAUUUUGUCAAGACAGAGUUUGCCUUAAACUGAUGUUGAACGUAAGUUUCGCUUUGCCCUUCCUGUUGGUAAUUUUGUGGGUAAAACCCAUCAGUAGAGAUUACCUUACGGCACGAAUCUUUUCCGGAAUGAAUGGACCCCUACUUUCUACGGAAGCAUUUGAAACAAUCCGACUGAUAGCGGUGGUAGUGGCUGUACUUCUAAGGUUUAUGCUAAUGCCUAUUUACUUGCAAGCAUACCUCAACCUUGCCCACGAGCGCGUUGAGGAGCAGAAGAAAGAAGCGGGGCGCAUAACAAAUAUAGAACUACAGAAGAAGAUCUCUUCAAUUUUCUACUAUCUUUGCGUCGUUACACUACAGUACGUUGCGCCGAUCUUGAUGUGCUUAUUCUUCACUCUAAUGUACAAGACCCUUGGUGAUUUCUCAUGGUCGGGUAUUCUUAAACAAUCUGUUAUGGACGAUGAAUGUUCCGCGGAUUUAGAAUACGAAAAGUCGAUGCUUGCUGCAAUGACAACUGAUCAUGCACUGUUUGAUACAAAUGAUUUCGCCACCGUAACACCAGAGAGUGAGCAGGAAUUGGGAUCCAACAUUCUGUCCACUGCCCAGAGCUUCCACCUUUCGCUACAAAGCCUUAAAUCAGUGUUCACCAAAGAAGUAUAUCGCGGAAUUUUCGGAUUCGCCACAUGGUGGAGUUGCUUUAGUUGGUUUGCGGCUUCUUCCCUUGGCAUGGUUUAUCAAUCCUACUUCACCAAAUCGUAGAUCAAUAAGAAACUAAGUUUGAAUACACAAUAAUGUAAAUGCGGAACAAUUGUCACCAGCGAUCAUACUCUAGUAAUUGUUUACACAAUUUUGCAUAGCAUCGAUAAAGCAAAUUGAUUUGUUACCCCGGUAUCAGUUAACUGUCCGUAUGCCAAAUACUGCCGAAGGACAAUAUCAUUAGUCACUGUUUGCUUUAUUUUUUGGUUUUAUCGUACCCCCUGAGCUUUUUAUAAAUACAGUUUUACUUUUCAUCGAAUCAAAAGAAUGUAUCGAAACUAAAUCGUAGGCUUAGAUUAAUUCAUUCGUCACAAUAAAAGCAUUUUCUAGUUAUAUUUGUUAUAUACAUUUAAGUAAA